CCGUAAUUUGGCUUUGCAUAUAGUUAUCAGUUAAGGCUGAGAUUUAAAUUUGCAGUCGUUGAUUUCAUUGCCUCCACAUCUUUUUUCAUCUUUCUUCAAAUGGAUGUAAAGCUUAAUACAAUUAGACUCGUACGGGUGUUGAGCUUAGCAGGGGAAAUUCUGAAUAAUGCUGUCAGCUUUGCUGUCUUUUGUGUUCUCGACUUUGUUGAUUUCAUUCUAUGUUUUGUUUACAAAGUUAUUGAUUUCUGGAUUGAAUCCCAAUGGAAACCUUGUUAUUGUUCCUCUGCUAAACAACGCAUCAUCGAGGGUGACAACAUCUUGGUUUCGGAAGAGUGCGAGUCCAAGAUUGUUUGCCUCACGUCAGCCAAUUUACAGGUGGAGGACAUCUCGGAUACCCUUUAUUCUCGUCCUUCCAUUGUUGCCCAGCUCUCCAAGUUUAUUAUUAAUGACCUAAACAAGACGAAGAAAACAACGGUGACAUCAACUUUCACCAUUGACUCCACCAUUGUUGAAUUGCUUCGACGCAAUGUAGUUCCAAGAUGGUCUGAUUGCGAUUGUAAAAUAUGCAACUCUUGGACCUCUUCCAGGAAGGACACUCUUUUCGUUAAAGCAGAAGGACCCAAAGAUAAAGCUCGAGAAGAUGUGUUAUUCAUUCAUGGCUUCAUUUCAUCAUCAGUAUUUUGGACUGAAACUUUAUUCCCCAACUUUUCGACUACUGUGAAAUCGACUUACAGAUUGUUGGCUGUUGAUAUACUGGGCUUUGGCCGAAGUCCGAAGCCAACUGACUCGCUUUACACUUUAAGAGAGCAUGUGGAAAUGAUUGAAAAGUCCGCGCUUGAAGCUUUCCAAGUUAAAUCGUUCCACAUUGUGGCUCAUUCCUUAGGCUGCAUUUUAGCCCUUGCUAUAGCUGUUAAGCAUCCGGGAUCCAUCAAGUCUCUCACCCUACUCGCACCACCAUAUUUUCCAGUGCCAAAGGGUGAACCAGCAACUCAAUAUAUUAUGAGAAGAAUAGCUCCCCGGCGAGUGUGGCCGGUGAUGGCUUUCGGUGCAUCGGUUGCUUGCUGGUACGAGCACAUCAGCCGGACGAUUUGCCUGGUGGUAUGCAAGAACCACCGGUUGUGGGAAUUUAUCACCAAAUUUAUCACCCGAAACAGGAUCAGGACUUACUUGUUAGAAAGUUUCUGCUGCCACACCCAUAAUGCCGCUUGGCAUACACUUCACAACAUCAUUUGUGGCACCGCCGGCAAUCUCGACAGCUAUUUGGACACCGUCUGCAACCAGCUAAAGUGCGAGGUCACCAUAUUCCAUGGAGGAGACGAUGAAGUAAUCCCGGUGGAAUGUAGCUAUAAUGUACAGAGAAGAAUCCCUCGUGCUCAAGUUAAGGUUGUCGAAAACAAAGAUCACAUUACAAUUGUUGUUGGUAGACAAAAGGCCUUUGCCAAGGAACUUGAGAAGAUUUGGAAGAGAUCAAAAUGUGAUUAAUCGUAGACCGAGUUUCAACUCUUCUUUUUCUGGGCCUGAUUAAAACAGGCACGAAAUCAUAAUAACAACAAUGAUUUACUGAAACAUGGUGAAUUAAAAAAAAAGAAGGAAGAGUGAUAUUAAAAUUUUAAUCGACACCAUUUUCUAGUCAAGAUGAUAGGAGAAUGGUAGGUUUUUCUAUUUUAAUUAAAUGAGAUUUCAAUCUCGUUUUUAAAUGCUUAAGUGUCAAAGUAGGCAUUAUUAUGCUAAUAAAAUAGCUCUCAAAUCCCACUAUUUUUUUUUUUCUGUUGUUGUUAUUAAUGAAUUGAAAUGUAAUAAACUGGAUUUAAAUGCAUAAAGAAUAGUGCUUUAGCAUAUUCAAA